AUGCUUUCAACUUCUUCUCCAUUCAUUAGCUCGAGCGUUUCAGUUUAUCAUAAUGCUAUCAAGUCACUUGUUUUCAGUGCGGCGGAGCUGCUUCUUGCCUUUAGCGUUUGGAAAUUCUGGAGUUUGAUAGCGGCCAAAGGAAAUCUUUUUGCAUCGUAUCUCAUGUAAGUUCGGUGAUCGAGAACGGAUGAGAAGGUAGUGUGAAAGUGGUCUAACGUAUCAUCCAGGUUUAUGGAAGAUCCAAUCCAAAUGUUCUAUUUCAUAAUAUCCCGUGGAUUCUCGAGGGCGAGUCUGGUCCUAUUCCUCUUCACCACUGUUUACACUGCUGCCAGUUUGUAUGGGACUUUACUAUGGGGCCUGGAUGCACCGGGGUACAUAAUGCGAAGUGCGAAUACCACAGCCAUGACAUUGAAAGGAUCCUUACUUGAAAGUCCCGGAUAUAUUACCUACCUGGAUGUCAGACCGAACAAGCUUCCAGUUAUCGAGAAAGACCUCCCUCAGCUUCUGGGAACCCAACUCUUCCAGCCAGGAGUCAACUUCUCACUUACUACGAAUGUCAGGCGGGGACGUCCAGAAUAUACGAAUGCAACAUUGCCAGGUUCUGGACCGAGGAUUUGGCUUGAUUCUGAGGGAUUAUCAGUUACUGUUGACACCAACGUUAUGACUUCGUACAUGACGAAUGAUACUGCGGGCCGUCUAAUCCCAAAUGAUUGUCCAACACAAUUUCUAGGGCAAACAACAACUCAAUUUUGGAAUUGCACGUUCAAUAACACAUUUGUGCAGCCUUUGCUCACUGGGACUCUUGGGCAGCCAGAAGUACAUUGGGACGACGCCUCUGACAUCGGCUUUGAUACGCGAUACAUAAAACCAGAUAGGAAGAGGAACAUCUGGGCAUCAUUUGGCCAGGGAGGGGGUUCAGCGGGGAUGAAGCAGAUGUUCACCGUCACCAAAGGAACGAGACGCCAUUCGUUCAUCGAAUCCACAACCCGAUACACUCUUAUGACCCAACCGGGUGUUCCAUUCGCAUCCCCAGAAGUAGAUGACUUUCUGAGAAGGACGUGGAGUACGAACGUAACCGAAAGACAAGCUCCGAUCCUCACAAGACUCUACAACGACCUCAUGCGAGCACAAACGAGCGGAAACAGCUAUCAGUUUGGACUAAUAGAUGCACCGACGAAUAUCACCAGUACCCAAGUUCUCUGGCAACUCCUCACCCCCGAAUCGGACGGUCAGCCAGUGUACUCACUGAUCCGAGUAUCAGUAACAAACAUCACCCUCAUCCGAUCAGAAAACAUCGCCGUCGCACCGACACCCCUCAAACCUUGCGAUAACACCUUCAUGAACGUCGCGUACGGAGGGGUAGUCGAGGACACCGAUUGCAACACCGCCAAACAGGGACAACCGACGCAGUUCUGGGGCCAAGUCGACACAUCUGCCGUCCUCAUAAUGAGCGGCCUCGGAGAUGGCCGCUCAAACAUCAGUGCCCUCGCAGUCGACGAAUCCAUCAUGCAGUGGUCAGAGAAGAACUACGCAUACAUGGAUGACCUCCUCAUCUCGCGCGGCUUCAUCCUCGGCAUCGACCCCUCCCUCGUCACGGUAAACCUCUCCAUCCUCCGACCCGCGAUAUCAUACUUCCAGAUCUUCCUCGUGGUACUCGCAGCAGUCUUUGCGCUCGUGAAUUAUCUCUUAACCCGGUAUAUUGUUGCGGCUCACUGGACCAGCUCUCUGCUUGCGAUUUUGCUGGCGCCGGUUGAUGGGAGGAAUGAGCCGGGGUAUAUUAAUCCGGUUCCGGAUAUUCGGUUGAGGGAGGGAGCGGAGGGGGCGCUGAUCACGGUGGAUAAUUUGGUGAUGGGUGUGCAGAAUGCGCGUGGUUCUGUGGUGGAGAGGGAGGGUUUGAGAAGUGAUGAGGUAUCGCAUAUGUCCCAGGAGAAGGUUGUGGUUCAUGAGGGACAGGCUUUUAUGAUUAAAGAGUAG